AUGUCAGUAACAGCCGAGAAGGUGUGUGUAUUCAUGCUGCUCAUUCUUGCUGUAGAAACCCAAAAGUUCAGGCACGGGCUGUGUCAGUUUGAACAUACAGAGGACAGCAAGGAAGAUUAUGCAACUGAUCUGACAAUACUGAAAGCUUUAAAAGCCAACAAAAAAUGUAACGUGGACUGGAGCAGAACCUAUUACGCGGACGAUGAUGGCUAUAUUGCUGUUAAUUGUGGUCGAUGUUCCAUCUACAACCUGCAUGUUUCCGCGAAAAGAAACACUCAACAUGAUCCCAUAGUUUGCUCAGGCUUGACCCCAGAACUAUUCACCAGCAAGCUGGACUGCAUGUGGAAGAAAACGUGCAUUCUGCGUUAUUCGACGGCCACUAUUGUAUUGUCGUUACCAAACCAGGAGCCCAACGUGCCCAACUGUGUUGGCGAGGAGCCAGGAACAGUAGAUGUUGGAUAUUCAUGUCUCGAUUCAGGGUUUGAUGUGGAGACUGUCAACACUCUUGUGACGUUUAACCAGACAGUGGAACAUUGCAAGCACGCCAUGAAGACACCAGGGAUCGCUUUUGCCACUUUUGAUGUGAUCAAAGAUAGAACAACACAGGGAUAUAAAGGGUUUGUCAAAAGUCACUCCAAGUUUCCGUGGAACUAUCCUCGAGACAAUGCAGACUUUCAGUUUAUAAACAGCUGGUCAUCAGAAUUGCAUGUGCUGCAGGCGCCCAAUAAUCUGAAGCAUCUCAGACUGCAAGUCGCGGAGCUGAAACUGGCUGCAGGAGACAGACUUCAGAUUAUUAACAGACACCAGAAAGUUUCAGUUCUAGAGCUGCUGAAGACACGAAGAUAUGACUUCCAGGGUCAAAGCGUGACCUUCAACUUCUCAGUACGUCAUUCCAGUGACCAGACUGAUGCCGGAUUCCUGAUCUGUUAUCAAUGGUACACCCCGAAGCAAGAUAGUCUGGCGACUGCAACAGCUGACCUCUGCAGUACCUUCACUUACCAUGUUGAUCCCUGUGGGAAAAGGAAUAAAAAGCUCCUCAAAGAUAAAUGUGGCCUUUGGAAGAAGCCAAAGAAGAAUGGGAACAAACAACACAAAUACAGGAAACAACAUCGUAAAAGCUCAAAAUAA